CGAAUAAAGAGAAACGUCAAUGUGUCAUCGGAAUUGAUUUUUGUUUUUGUUACAAAAAGUUACACAUUCACAACAAUAGUAAAAGACGCUUCAAGACAAAAUGGCCAGUGAAAGCAGUUCAGCAAUGCUGGACAUGACAGACGCUGACUCCGACGAUAUGGACAUGCCGACUCUCAUGGACGAUCAAGAGCCAUCACCGCUCAUCAUGGAGCACGGCUAUGACAUUGCAAUUAAGGUCGAUGCCCCCAUAAAACAGCUGUCGACCCUCGAGACGUAUGUGACGUACCGGGUGCGCUGCGUGUGCGCGCGGUGGCCGACCCCGCCCAGCGUGAGGCGACGGUACAAUCACUUUAAGGUGCUGCACAAGCGGCUGUCGGCGGCGCACCCCCUCACCGCGGCGCCCCCCGCCCCCCCGCUGCACUCCGCGCGCCAGCAGCUCGACAGAUACUCGGCGUCGUUUGUCGCCAUAAGGACCUUAGCCCUGAACGCGUUUCUAGAUCGCAUCGCCAAACAUCCGAUCCUGACACACAGCGAAGACUUCAGAUUGUUUCUGACCACGCCAGAUGAGGAAAUCGAUAAGGUGUUCCGGAGUGAGAAUAACGCGUUGAAUCUGUGGGGGCUGGGCAGCGCGCUAGCGUACGGUGGGGACGGGCGUCACUCCAACGGAGUCCGAGUAAAAGAUCCCGAGUUUUCAUCGGCAGUCGACUACCUGAACGCUCUACAAGACAAGCUGGCCACCCUCUGUGAUCUGACCACGAAACUGUACAAGGGGACCGCCGCCCUCGCCGCCGAGUACUCGAGCAUGCAGCGCGUGUGCGACGUGUGGUCGACGCAGUGCGGGGCGCGGUGCGGGGGAACGCAGCGGGGCGUGCGGGGGGUGUCGGCGGGCGCAGGGGCGGCGGGGCAGGCGGCGGGGGGGCGGCCCUCCCCCUCCCACCGCGCCGUGCUGCCCCUGCUGGCCGCCUACGCCGCGGCCCAGGCCGAUAAGAUAAGGCAGCGGGACAGGAUGCACGCGGAAUACGUGUCGGGGACGGACACCAGCGACGACCUGCAGAACAGAGUUGAGGAGGCGACCGAGGCUCUGCGCAGUGAGCUCUGGUCGUGGACCGCCAAGACCCAUCAGGACAUCAAGGGCGUCCUGGCGUACAUAGCCACCAGACAGGUGUCGGUGCUAGCGCAGUCGCUGCAGGGCUGGGAGCAGGCGCUCCGCGUGGCCACCGACACGAGCGUCCACCAUUUGUUCCAGACGGUCUCCAAGAAUGGCGUCCGCAACCUGUCCCCCACCACGUCGGCGGCCCCCCACGCGUCCCCCAGUGCGUCCCCCCAAGCAGACCCCCUGCGCCCCGACUCGCCCGACGGCACGGACACCUAAUCCCUCCCCCUCGCUCCCUCCCGACAAUAAUACGAUGCAUAUCCUCGUAGAAGCUAGAUUCGAAAUUUUUUAAGUAAUUUAGAAAACUUAACCAGACUUAAUCCUUUUUGUGUCAACUUUGUUCCAAUGAAACUCCUUC